GCUCAACAGCCGACCGACCAGCAUGUACAGCGCGUCGCAGCUCGUGGCGCUGGCGCUGGCCGCCGGUCUCUGCUGGUUCGCCGUUCAGUUCGUGGACGAGCUCUCUGCGCUCGUGCCCUCGACGCCAACGACCUUCUCGGACGCCGAGCACGGCCUCUUCCUCGAGGCAAUGGAGUUCCUCGGGACGCCGUCGCCGGCGCGCCACCGCAACCGCCUCGCGUUCUGCUGCUCGGCCGACCUCGACGUGAGCGUGCGCGCAGUCGACCUCAUGGCCAAGCUCACGCCGGCGACCAAGAAGACGAUUGCUGCCAAGCACCACGAGCGCAUUGCGUCGACAAAUGAGCUCCAAGAGAGCUUUGGGUACUACUUCUCCAAGGGCGCUGCGGCCGAACAAAGCAUGUCGUCGGCCGAGGCUUUCCAUGACGUCGUCCAGCUCGCCAAGAGCCUCCCGGGCGUGAGCCAAGCGAUUGGCGGCAACGCGGCGCAGAUGGCGCAGCGGGCCGCGCACGAAGCCAGCCACGUGCUUCUUGGCGGCGCCGUCGGCGACGAGAUGCGCGGCCACUUCCACAAGAACGUCCAUGUCGUCGGCGCGGUCGAUGCGGGCGGCCACGAAGACGUGCACCUCGUGCUCGAGUACGCCAAGAACGACGCGUUCCGCAACCUUGUGUCGCCUCGCGCGAACCGGUAUUACCUCAACCACGAUGUCUACAACGCGCAGCUCUCGGUGCUGGAGGAGUUUGCAGCGGCGCUGCCAGCGUUCGACGCCGACCUUGUUGUCAUUGGCGGCCUCCAGCUCCUGGAAGUCGACACGAACGAAGCACGCCGCGUCGCGCGCCUCCAAGCCCUGGCAACGAUGCUGGAGGCGGUCCCGACCUUGACGCACUACGAGUUUGCGGCCGCGUCGGACUUUACGCUCUAUGACGACACGGUCAAGCUCGUCUUGCCGCAUGUCGAUUCCAUUGGCUUCAACGAGCAAGAGCUUGCGAUUCUGCAUCAUUUCCUCGUCACGGGCGACGAAUUGGUCACGACGUCGUCGCGCCCGAGCGUCCAGACCGUCACGGCGCAGCUGGGCGACGUGAUCGACUAUGCGGCGCGCACGGACGCUGGCGCGCCGCUCCACCGCCUCAGCCGGAUCCAUUUCCACACGCUGCAGUUCCACAUUUUGUGCCACACGGACGUGUGGGCGACGCCGACGGUCGCUCUCAUGCAGAGCGCGCUCAUGAGCUCCAAGCUGGCCUGCGGCGACCGCUCGCACGGCCCGCGGAGCCAGGACAUGACGAUCGACCCGUCGCUUGUCGAGGUGCUCUUGCCGCGGUCGACGCCGCUGACCGCAGACCUGGUGUGGGACAUUGACCCGCGCUCGCCCAUCAAGACGUGGACGCACGGCGCGUUCACGUGCCAUAUUGCCCCAAUGCUGGCGUGCAAGAAGCCCGAUCACACGUGCGGCCUCGGCGACAACAUCUCGGGCACGGGGAUGGCGUACCACGAAGCCACGGCGUGGACGACCCAGAAGUAG